AUGUCUUCUCAUUCUUCCACGCUAUUAUUACCUUCGAAAUUCCCGAUUAUACAAGCAACCCUAACAUUAUUAAACUCACCUCGUCUAAAUCACAUUAAAAAUAUCUUGUUCAUUUUAGUGAUAUAUCAUUAUGGUAGAGCUACAUUAAACAAGCUUGCCGUCCAAGGAGUUCGUCGUAGUCUCGGUGAUCUAUACAAGGUAAUCGGUAGUGUGAUAUUAAAAACGCUUACCAAUGCUCCAGGUGCAAAGGCCAAAAUCCAAGACAAGAUUGAUGAAAUCGUUAAAAACGUGGAGGAGCAAGUUGCUCCUAAAGAAUCAGACACACCUAGUUAUAUUUUUUUACCAGAUGUUGGAUUUGAUGAAAAGAAGGUUAAGGAGGAGUUAAAGAGGUACCAGAAUUACAAAAACGUGAAAUGGGAAGAUGGUCGCAUUUCAGGCACAAUCUAUCAUGGUGGUCAUAAACUUUCAAAAUUACAGAUCGAGGCAUAUGCUAUGUUCUCUUUCAGUAAUCCUUUGCACCCGGAUGUGUUUCCUGGUUUACGCAAAAUGGAAGCGGAAGUCGUUUCAAUGGUGUUGAGCAUGUAUAAUGCACCAAGUGGUGCAGCAGGAACUACCACGUCAGGCGGUACAGAAAGUAUCCUGUUGGCGUGCAAGGCAUAUCGUGAUUGGGCAAGAAAAGAAAAAGGCAUAACUAAUCCCGAAAUGGUAGUUCCAGACACCAUUCAUGCAGCAUUCGAUAAAGCAGCGGGUUAUUUUAACAUUAAAAUGGUUCAUGUUCCUAUUGAUCCUGUGACCCGCAGGGUUGACACCACGGCUGUCAGCAGAGCGAUCAACAGAAACACGAUCAUGGUUGCGGGGUCAGCGCCAAACUUUCCUUACGGUAUUAUCGACGAUAUUCCGACUCUGGCCUCAAUUGCCAAAAAAAAUAAUGUCGGAAUGCACGUCGAUUGUUGUUUGGGAAGCUUUUUGGUACCCUUCUUAGAAGAGGCGGGAUUUCCUUCUCAGCCAUUUGAUUUUAGAAUACCUGGUGUCACGUCGAUUUCAUGCGAUACACACAAGUAUGGAUUCGCACCAAAAGGAUCUUCGGUUGUCAUGUACCGCACGAAAACGCUCCGUAAAUAUCAAUAUUUUUUUGCGCCUGAUUGGACCGGGGGAAUAUAUGCUUCUCCUAACACUACCGGAUCACGUCCAGGGGCGCUUAUUGCCGGAUGCUGGGCAACAAUCAUGAACUUGGGUAAAUCCGGAUACAUUGACGCAACAAAAAAGAUCGUGGGGUGCGCUAAAAAAAUUGAGGCUGGUAUCCGCAAAAUUGACGAUCUAUUUGUAUACGGAAAACCGUUAGUAUCGGUAGUAGCCUUCGGAUCUAACACGCUAAAUGUAUAUGACAUAAGUGAAAAAAUGUCCAAGCGAGGAUGGAAUCUGAAUGCUCUCCAAAAUCCCGCAGCAGUUCACAUCGCGUGUACUCUGUUAACAGUACCACACGCCGAACAAUUCUUAAUUGAUUUGCGAGAAUGUGUGGACGAACUCAAAUCCGAGCCAAACAGAAAAUCGAGUGACACGGCAGCGAUUUAUGGUUUGGCUGCCGUUUUACCGGACAAAUCUAUUGUGAACGAGCUUGCUUGCGGAUUCUUGGAUGCGUUGUAUUCUGUUUAA